GCUCGCUCCAGACCUUAUGUCAGUUUGUAGUUCUAGGAGUGUCAAUUAGCAAACAUCAAUUUUUAAUCUGUCCUUUGUUCGCAUGCUCACCUUGCACACAUAACCAAUUACUGCCAUGGCACCCUGAGAAAAUAUGCUACUCGUCCUGCCCCACUCAAACACACUGGAGUGUCUUGCCAAUAGUGUUUCCCUCCUCGAAUGUAUCUAUUUGAAAUGUGGAUGUACUGUUGACUUCGCAAGUGUCGUCGCUGAUCUGUGGUGAGGGGAAACCGUUUGGAUGUAUUUUGAGGUCCCUUAGGGGACUGCAGGGACUUGUGGGAAGAUGACCUGAUUUCUAAUUUUCUCCUCUCCUGCCUGGGCUGUGGGCUAGUCGCUGUUACAAACAGAGAAGCCCGUGAAGGGAGUGUGUCAUUAUGAGCCGACCCGGGUCUAUUUGGAAUAUGGCCUCGCUUUUGGCUUAAAGCUGGAUUUUAUUUGUCAGUGUUGAUGGACGCAGGCGCGGUUGCAAUUCUCUCUCAAUAGGUUCAGGUGAGCAACCAUGGCUAACCUGCAGCAGGAAUACCCCGGGGUCCUUCUGGGGAUCCUAGAGGAAUUGGCCAAUAUGAGGCAAUGGCUGACGUUCCAGGACCUUUGCCGCAUGGUCAGCACCCGCUUUGACCUAGAGCAUCUCAUCGAGCUCAGGAGUUUGCUGUUUGCUGCUGCCAGCCGGGACCCCUGUUUCCCAGCCACUCUCUUCAGAGACCGGGUUUCCACCAGAGGCCAAGGGCUAUCACCCAUAGGAGUCGCUGCUGACAUUGUAACUAUCUUCAAUCUUAUUCAGAUGACGGGUGGGGCUCCUGAUGACAGUCAGCCAAUGAGAGCCCAGACAAUCCUCCCUGUUGACCAGUCCCCAGGCCCCAGUCUGCCUGGAAUCCACCAGCUGAACAUUCCUGGUCAAGAGAGAGCACGCUCCCACUCUGAUUCCAGUGGUGGGCCUAUCGACCAGCAUUUGCUGUUUCCGAGAUCUAAUUACUCUGCCCGCAAGCGAGCGAGUCUUCCGCCCGAUCCCAUCUCACUUGUGUCCUCCCCUCCAAUCAGGGCGAGGGCUGUGUCCUUCGACUUGCCUCACACAACACUCUUGUACCCUAGUGGUCAAAUCUCCAGCGAGGUCAUGAAGAAUAUCUACUUGCCUUUGGAAACGGACAGUGAGUCUAGUGGAGAUUCUGCACCCGUGGAGGUGUUUGAACCUGAACAGGGAUCAUCUGUUGACCAGAAGAGAAACAUCUUUAGGAAGGACUUCCAUAACCAGCCUCCUCUAAUACCCCAGGUGACUGUCAGCAGUGAGUCUCCCAGUCCCAACACGGGGCAGAAAGGCUUUGACAAUCGCAGCUUUGAAAAUAUUCAGAAUCCUUACCCGUCACCAACAACAGUCCACCAAUCGCCAGAGCAGCGGGCUAAACAUGAAAGCCUUGACGACCUGCAGGACUCAACUUAUUUCGGACCUGGGUCAGCCCCAGAGUGGUCCCCCCGACACCUCCAGCCUCCCAAGGCCCCGAGGCCCAUCUGGGGCAACAAGAGUCACAGUCUAGAGGACCGGAUAGGCAUGGGCAGCAUUGGGAUGGGGAUGGAAUCACAAGGGGGGCAACUUCCAAGACGAUCAACCCCUGCUAUCAGCAAAUUGGGGUCCUCGGGAGGUGAGAGUGGGGAUAGUGGAUUGCCAAGUGGAGGUGAUGCAGUUAAGGCACAGGGAACCCAGACAGACAUACCGGACCCCCGGCGCCUCCGUAGCCUGGUCCACGCAGAUCGCCUCUCUUUCAUGACCUCAUUGGAUGACCCUGAGUUUGGUGAGGAUGACAUCAGUGCCAUCUUUCGUUUCUUAGAUGACAUAAGCAUGUGUGGCUCCACAGGAGUCCUGCACCCCAGUGAUGGAACAGGGACCAUCAACCAGGACACCCCCGAGGCCAGACGUGGUCGCCUAGGUCAACUCCAAAGGCUUUUCCACUCCUUGGAAAGCAGUGACGAUGGGCUGAAGGCCAGUGUCUGUAAGCUGCUGCUCCGUAUGAGCCAGAUAGAAAGACAACUGGAGUCACUGAAUGAUGUAAAGGCCGAGAUUUCCCAGGUUCUCUCUGCUCUGCAGCGACUGGAUGAAAAGAUCCAGCAGCCUGUCGGUGGUGGACAAAGUGGCGGGCGAUGGCUGGAGCCUCUCAGUGGUGUCUCCUCCUUUAUUAGCCACCCUAUAACUCCUUCUGACUCAUCAGAUCCUCAACCUCUGUCUGCAUCUGGACAUCUGUUUCCAGGGACCAGCACUAGUAGUCUGGACUGGAGCCGAUGGAACUCUCCCCCCGACCGAACAGAGAGCAGCAAAGCUCAGGCUGAUUCUAAGGGGGUGAAAGAAGGGAAGAAGGAUCCAUCAUCCCGACGUGCCUCCAAAACGCAGCCUGAGGAGAAAAGUGUGUCUGAUUCCAAACAGCAGAAUGUUUCUAACUUUGCAAGAGACUGGACAGUGUCAUUCUCAAAAAGUAAAGAUGGCAAAGGCUCACAUGGAAAAACUGGACAGACAGAUCAGUCAGGCAGCACAGCUAACCUACUCUCCCAAAAAUCCUCCAACCUGGUGGACCAAGUGUUUAACUCAUCCCUGUUCCGCCACAAAGACAGCAGUCUGACAGGUGGGCUAACCUCUGGGAAGAUCAUUGACGCCAGAUCGGCUGAGGGGAGGGGUAGACCCAUCUGGACUGUAGAUGACAGAGAGGUACGAAUCUCCCCUUUGGACUUACAGGCUCAGGAGUCUCUUAACCCCAACAACAUGGAAUUCUGGAUGGAUGACAUCUACACUCCAGGCUACGAUGCUCUGCUCAGGCGUAAAGAGGCUGACCAGCGCCGGGCCAAGAUCUGCAAGCUGAUUGCACUCAUUGCCACUGCAGUGGUUAUCAUUCUCAUCAUUGUCAUUCCUAUUUGCACCAUAGGCUCGUGAAGACCCUCACAGACAGCCCACAUUGUUGCCUAUUUCCAUUUAAUUUCAUUUAUUUAUUUUCAGCAGCUGCGUGCUAUACCCAGGAACUUUCACACUAUUCUCACUGAGAUAAGAAAAUGAGAGAGUGUGACAUAAGGAUCCUAAAGAACGAUCAGUGACCAGUUACCAUACAGCAAUUCCUCACACUUCUCUGCAUGCAUAGCACCAUUAUUCAUGACUUCAGAAAAACAAGAGGAACUGUAGCUUACUUUGAAAUCACCAUCCCUCAUGCAGUUACAACAAAUUGUAAGUAAUCCCCCCAUUGCCAAACAAUCUUUUUUUCACAAUUUACAGUUAUUUUUUUCAUGAUUUCUGUUCUUAAUAAUUUCAGGUUGCUGUAAAAGGAAGUUAUUAAAGAUGAAGAAUUUAGAUAAGUGUAAAAUGAGAGCACAUGUUGAAACCACUAAUACUGAGCCAAUACAAAAGUGUCAAUUCCUUUCUUUUUAUUUUCCUAUUUUGUCUGCUCUUCUCUGAGAAACAACACUGUUACAAAUGUGUUGUGAAUCAGCUUCAGCCUUGAGCACUGCCUGACUCUUUUUUGCUGUUCCCUUGAGAACACUACAGGGCUUAUUUCACUUCUAUGUAAAAUAAUAGGUUAUUAUCAGUACAUACAAGUUGUACAUCUACAUUACAAUAGUAAUGGAUUCUGUGGACAGGAGCGGUUUUAUUCUCUUUUAGUUUGAAUGUUCUUGUACUUCCUUUAAGCAACAAGAUAUAUUGCUCAAGCUUAAAUCAAUAAAAAUAAUAUUUUUAUAGAGUUCCCUCCCAUUUUUCAAACUGGAAAUUAUGAGCUGUCUAAACCGCUCAUGGAAGUGUUUGGGGUUUUUGGGCAGAGUGUUUACCAAGUGUCAGGUUUCGAGAACUGGAAGAUAAAAGUGUUGUUGUUGUUGUUGUUGAAGAUGUUUGGGUCCUGGAACAGUGAAGGAAAGAGGAAGCCUUUUCCAGGAAACACUCUUUAAGUGGGAGAUUCUACUUGUAAUUCAAUUGAUGGGAUGUUCGGAGUGCACCUAUGCACAUUAUCUUUUCAGUGUACUCACUUGGCCAGAGCUUUUCCAUAUACCUGCAGACUCACUUAGCGCUAACACAUCCAUCUGGCGUCCUCUCACAGAUGAUGAGAGUAGUUUUGCCAGUGGUGUCAAAUUCCAUUUUGUAAAAACAUCCUGUUAAAACCUGUUAACAUUUUAUUGAGACCGACGUUUGGUGCCAGUCUGUAAAAUCAAUAGGGGGUUGACACAAAAUAUGUUCACCUGUAAAACACAGUGGAAUCCAACACAGUGCUACCACAAAAAAAUACUACCUUUGUAAAGCUUGAAAAGUUCAGUUUUUGUCGAAACAAAGAGAGGUGUUCAUUGAACUCUUAAGUAAAGCUGUAAUGAAACGUACGAGGUUGCAUAUCAGCAACCACAGCAUCAAAACGAGUAGUUAAUUAAAUGAAGCACCUCACAAAAAUGUAACUUUUUGAGCUUCACAAAUGUUUAUUGCUGGGAUAAUAUAUUGGAUUGCAUUCAGUUUUUUAGGUGUUCACGUUCUUGUGUCCACUCCCUCGACAUUGCCAGAUAUGGAUGAUUUUGUUUCUGUUCAACAGAUAAGCACUUUCCAGCACUGAUGAUGAUCUAAGCGCACAGAAACUAUGCAUAUCAGAAAAUGCUUGUUUUGUUUUUGUCAGACCUUUAAACUUUACUUUGCUUCGUGUACAGGAUAUGCAGAGGAUGUACAGAGGGCGUGAUCUGCUUCAAUGCAUCCUGCUAAGUAGAUGUAUAUCUGCCAAGUGUUCCCCAUGAGGCUGUUCCUGGAUCCAUUACCUUUCCAGUGGUGCCACUGACUAACCCUGUAGUCAGCACAAUCCGCAGGUGCUUCCUCUGAAUUGUCUGUGCAUGAAAGCCUCCUGAUACUUUUUUCAUUCCUGAAAUUUUGGCAUUCUUGUUGUUACAAUAUCCACGCACCUUUUAGACAAACAACUGACAAUCUGUGAACUCAUUAUUCAGGUAAGCACUGCACAUAGAUGGAAGAAGAUGUGCAGGUAAUACAGAACAAGUUAGUUGUGUGCAACACUUAAGGAUUGUGAGAUACGAUUUAUGAUUGUCAGGGUGUAAGUUGAUUUAUGUUGCCUGUCUGAAUAAACUUGACA